GAGAAAGGAAAAAAGAAAACAUGGCGUUUUGAUUGUGAAAUAAACAAAAGUAUUUUUUUUAAGAUAGAAAAAGUAUUUGUUUUUAUCACACAAAAGACCAGAAACUAGUUUUAUAAUUUAUUCCUAAUUUAUUAACACUAAACUACAAAAACAACACAAAAUAUCUUCAAACAAAAAUGUCCUUUAGAAAAAAAAGUACAACUUCUACAGAGGAAUCUAGUUCGAGUUCGUCGUCAGGUUCUUCGAGUUCCAGUGGGAGCAGCAGCGGGUCGGAGAGUGGCAGCUCUUCCUCCGAAACAGAUUCGUCGAGCUCAACAGAAGGCAAGCCAACUAAUGCGUCGGCUAAUCCAAAAGCUCCAGAGCCAGCCAAGUCACAGAAUGUGCGGAGAAAGAGUUCCACGGAAGUAAAGGGUCAGGUGAAGACUGAUGAAAAGCCAACGACCUCUGCGGUUGGGACAAAAGCCCGAUUAUCCACUGGCGGGCCAAACCCAAGACUCUCAAGAAGCAGUGUGUAUUCCAGCGAUGACGACGUGCCUCCCAGCAAGCGACUCAACCGAUCGAAUUCCAGCACUCAGCCUCCUAACACGCGCAAAAGACCAGGGGUGGAGAAGAAAGUAAUUCCCCCUACCCUAGUGCCAAGUCAUCCGCCGGCGAAUGGGGGCGGUAAGGCUCCUCCAGCAAUCGUCAAGCAACAUCAGCAACAAAACUUUGCCUCGAAAGUAGUUAGUAGUAAAACGAAGGCUUUUCACACUGCUGCCAAAUCUCAAGCACUCUCGAAUAGUAAUUCCAAAAACAAAAGUAUUUUUUCCCCAGAGAACUCGACAGACUCGGGUCAAGAGGAGGUCAAAAAACCCAAGAAGAACCCGCAGAAAGGAAGUACAAAUGCUGCACAACAAAAGGGCAAGGCAAGUGCAGCAGGCGCAAAAUCAAAAACCACCAUUCCGAAAUCGAAAUCUCCCCAAAAAGCGCGUGCCCCGCCGACUGGGAAAGCAACGGCGAAUCGAAGAAGCUCAGAUGAGUUUGAUUCUGAGAGUGCUUCUUCAUCUGCUGAAGGGUCGUCCUCUUCCACCGACUCGGAUGCAUCGGAAUCCAGCGACACCUCAUCAUCGCCACCCUCGAAACGGGCGGUUCAGAAGAAGGCCCUCUCUACAAAGACCCCAUCGGCAAAAGCAGAUAAGGCCGUAGUUCUGUCCGACUCUGAUGCAGCAGCUGCGGCAAACAAGCAAACCACCCCUCGAAAGCUUACUCGAUCACUAAGCACGCGAAGAUCGAAGCAUAUCCUUGGAAGAGUUUCCGACACCGAAUCUGAAGGUGAGCUGGAUAAGCGAUCACUCUCCAAAAGUCCUGCGAAGAAAGCCUCGGUGGUGACUAAGAGCAAAGCAAAGGCAAAAACAAAGCGCGACAUGAAAUCAGAAAAAGCUUGUACGGAACGUGCCAUCUCACCGCAGCUUCAAGAGCAAAAGUGUCCCAUAGAGGGAUGCGAUUCGUCUGGCCAUCUUAGUGGCAACCUGGAGAAACAUUUCCUGCCAGAAGCUUGUCCAAUAUUCCAUAAUAUGUCUGCCUCUGAGUGCAAGGAGCGGGCAAACGAAAGGAAACUCAAAGACGACGAGUAUGACAGAGUAGCGAGUCAGUUUGACCCACAGAAAAAGGUGUCCACCCCCGAACAGAAGGAAUAUUUACAAAAAAUCCGAGAAGCUCGGGCGAGAUUUAAGCCUCAGCAGGCGCACUCAUCGAUGGCAGAUAAAAUAAAAAGUGAAAAAGAUUGCACCGAUCAUGAUCGAGAGCCAAAUCUGAUCGGACUGGUUCCAGAAUAUGAUCUGCAGCUGUUUAGGGAGGCUCAAGCAAUAGCAAGCGAAAAAAUCGAAAACGAACUCAAGGGUCUUCAAGUUGGCAAGGGUAUCAAGUACAUCACAAUGGGUAAAUACCAAAUGAAGGUGUGGUAUCAAUCGCCGUAUCCAGAGGAUGUUGCACGCCUACCCAAAAUGUACAUCUGUGAAUUUUGUCUGAGAUAUCAAAAAUCCGAAACAGGUAUCAAGAGACACGCACAGAAGUGCAUGUGGCGACAUCCUCCAGGUGAUGAAAUUUAUAGAAAGGGAAAAUUACAAGUGUGGCAGGUGGAUGGCAAACGACACAAACAAUAUUGCCAACAUUUGUGUUUAUUGGCCAAGUUCUUUUUGGAUCACAAAACAUUGUACUGCGAUGUGGAACCGUUUUUGUUUUAUGUAAUGACAUUGGCCGACAUCGAUGGAUGCCAUACUGUAGGGUACUUUAGCAAGGAAAAAAACUCAUUUUACAACGUUUCUUGUAUCUUGACGCUGCCCCCUUAUCAGAGGAAGGGAUAUGGAAGACUGUUAAUUGACUUCAGUUACCUUUUGACGAGGGUGGAAGGCAAAAUCGGUUCCCCAGAGAAGCCGCUAUCGGACUUGGGAUUGAUAUCCUAUAGAUCAUAUUGGAAAGAUGUCCUUUUGGAUUAUCUAUGUAAUCGUACAGGAACCACUCUGAGUAUUAAAGAAGUUUCACAGGAAAUGGCAAUUUAUUCCUAUGAUAUUGUAAGCACGUUGCAAGCUCUUGGAAUGAUGAAAUAUUGGAAAGGAAAACACAUAGUAUUGAAAAAACAGGAUGUAUUGGAUGAGUUCGAGGAGAGACUAAGACGCAGAGGAAACUUUCCAAAAAUUGAUGAUAAUUGUUUAAGAUGGAGUCCAUUUGUCCCGCCACAGUCAAAUAAUUCACCGUAAUUUAUUGUAGUUUAUUUUUUUAUUUUGUUUAUUUAACAAUUGGGUGUAAAUGUGUUGUAUUUAUUUGGUAUUUGGAAUUAUAGAAAAAAAAAUACGUACCUAUGCUAA